UUCGAAGCCAACCCAUCGACGCGCUCGUUCCUCGCUCCUCUGUGUGGUGCACACCUGCUUUGCCCCGUCGGAUCCGAAGCGUUGCCAUGGCCUCCGAGUCGACGCCGCUCCUCGCGCGCAAGGCCGCGCCCAAGCUCAAUGAGGCGGCGCAGCGCGCCAAGCGCAAGCUGCAGUGGGCCUGCCUCUUUGCGCUCGCCUUCAUGGUCGCGGAAGUCAUUGGUGGCUUCAUGGCCGGCUCGCUCGCCAUCAUGACGGACGCUGCGCACUUGCUCUCGGACGUCGCCGGCUUCCUCAUCUCGCUCUUUGCCAUCUGGAUCCAGACGUUCCCCGCCAGCUCCAGGAUGAGCUUUGGCUUUCAUCGCGCCGAGAUUCUUGGCGCCGUCAUCUCGGUGCUCGUCAUUUGGGUGCUCACGGGCUUCCUCGUCUACGCUGCCGUCGAGCGCUUCCAGGACGCGAUUAGCGACAACCCGCAAGAGCAUGUCGAUGGCAAGCUCAUGUUUAUAAUUGCCUGCAUUGGCCUCGUCGUCAACCUUGCGCUCAUGAAGAUCCUUGGCCACAGCCACUCCCAUGGCGGCCACGGCGGCCAUGGUCACUCGCAUGGCGGCGACGAUCACGGCCAUGGGCACGGCGCCAAGUCCGACUCGCAUGGCCACUCGCAUUCGCACGACGACCACGAUCACGACGACCACGACGACCAUGACCACGACGAUGUCGAAGCUGGCCACGGCCACUCGCACAGCCACGGCCACGACGAAGCCCCCACGAAGAAGAAGCUUGAAAACCUCAACAUCGAAGCCGCGUACAUCCACGCCCUCGGCGACUUUAUCCAGAGCCUCGGCGUCUGCCUCGCCGGCGGUCUCAUUUGGUAUGAGCCCAAGUGGCAGGUCGCCGACCCGAUCGCGACGUUCCUCUUCUCGAUCCUCGUCCUCGGCACGACCAUCGGCAUCAUCAAGUCGUCGAUCCACGUGCUCAUGGAGGGCACGCCGGACGGGUACGACCCGGACGACAUCCUCGAAGGGCUUUUGGCGCUGCCGGCGGUCUCGAACGCCCAUGAUCUGCACAUUUGGUCGCUGAGCGCCGGUCUGCCGUCGCUGAGCGUGCACUUGGUGAGCGAAGGCAACCCGGACGAGGCGCUGCACCAGGCGCAAGAGUACUUGAUCUCCAAGGGCAUCGACCACACGACGAUCCAGGUCGAGCACGCACUCAAGACGUACCCGCGCGACUGCAGCGACGCCGGCGCGUGCGGUCAAGUCUCGCCCAAGUCGGGCGUUGUCUAGAUCUAGAGACUGAACUACAGAUGCACCUAUGCAGUGACGAGCCAUUUUGCCUGUACGUCGACCUCGGUAAUAGCCAAGCCAUUUUGCUACAGAACA